AUGCCCUCGAGAACACUACUCAUCACCCUGUUGGUCCUGGCGUCGGUGAUCUUCCUAUCCAGAGUCCAUCCCAAAGGACAGAAAGAGGUUGAGCUCAAGGAAACGAAGAACAUGCUCGUAGAAGAAGAUUAUAAUGAUCUCCUGGAAAGUGCACUGGCAGAAAGUGACAUACCAGAGGACGUGGAGACGCCUGCAGAAAUUAAUAAUGAGGAGAGCAUAACAUUUCUGAGGACUGCUGAACCUGAGUGGUGGAGAAGGUUCCGUGAAAGAGUCCGUUCGACUGCCAAGCGAGUUAAGAUGAGCGUCAGACGAGCUUGGGAGGACGGUAAACUCUUUACGCCCCUGAUAGUACACACCGUGCUUCGUAUACCUGUUGCCUAA